AUACUAUCUAAUCAAUCAUAAAACAAUAUUCAAAUCGACGGCCACAUCAAUAAAGACCUUUUACGACUCUUGUGUUAUCAUUUUGAAAAUUUGGAAAAUAUAAUGGAGGUGUCUGGUAAACGGCUGAGCUCUGAAUUCGACCAAGCAUCCGACGAAGUUUGUCAUCCGUGCCAGCCAUGUCAAUAUUCAGGAAAACAGACGAAUUCGAAGGGGUUUUGCAAAGAAUGCGAGGAAUACAUUUGUGGACAAUGUAUUAAGUACCACCAAAGUCUGAAGGCAACCAGAGGUCAUACUAUUUUGGCAGAAGAGGAAGAUUUUAAACCUCAAGGACAAACCCAAAGCAAAAAUUGGAGCGUAAAUUGUGAAGUACAUGCAGAAGAGAAAGUUAAGUUUUUUUGCCCAAAUCAUUCAAGGCUUGGAUGCAACGUUUGCAUGGUUUUAGAGCAUAAAACCUGUGACGUAGCCUAUAUUCCAAACGUUGCUAAAGAUUUUCGUGCAAGCGACACUUUCCGCAAAUUUUCAACUCAACUAUCGGAAUUCGAAACUGAUGUUGAAACACUAAAGCACACACUGAACAAGAAUGGAGAGAACGUAGAAGCUUUCGCUUUGAAGGAAAUAGAAAAUCUGAAAAGGUUCCGAGAUGAGAUCAAUUCUAUUCUUGAUGAAAAGGAAAUCACUCUGCUAGAUAUGAUUAACACUUUUAAAAGGAAGGAUGAGCACAUGUUGGAACAUUCAAACCAAUGUUUACAAACGAUUCGGUCAGAUUAUCAAACACUGCAGAAGAUGUUUCAUGACGAGCCAAAGGAUGACAUCAAGUUGUUUGUAUCUUGCCAUUUAGUACAGCAAAAACUCGAGAUGCUGCAAAAUCAACUGCAAAACAUUUCCUUAGAGAGCAAACAGGUUCAGGAAUAUCAAUUCAAUAAAGAUGAAGAUUUGUUAACUUUAUUAAAGUCACCGACUGCAUAUGGAACAGUAGCGUUAAAGACGGAGGGUAUUAAUCGAGAGUGGCAGGAACAUUUGCUGAACAAUAUAAAGCAAGGACUUGAUUCUGUCUUGAUUGCUCGAAGAAAAGGCAAACAUAAAGCAUGGUGCUACUUGUGACGGAUGCAAUAUGCAAAUUGUCGGACUACGUUACAACUGUAUAACUUGCCCGGAUUAUGAUUUGUGUCAGGCGUGCUUUGACAAAGCAGUACAUAUUGGACAUGAUAUGAAGCAAAUUUCCUACCAAAGCCAUGGUAUUGGACGUAGCCUUACCGGCAACUUUGUGCAUCGAGGGCUUCAUUGUGAUGGUUGCAACGCAACACCAAUUAUUGGAACUCGUUACAAAUGCGUGUCGUGUUACGAUUACGAUUUGUGUGACGGUUGCAUGAGUAAACGAGUUCACCCUAACCACAGCUUCAAAAGGAUCACAGGAUUCGAAAAACUGACUACGCUACAACAAUCAGUGUUUAUGGGACUGGGUAUUUUCCCAUUCGGCUUCAACACUUAGGGGGAAUAUGGGAAGAAGACCCAGACAGAAAAGAGGUGGAAGACCAGGGUUUUUCUACUUCAAAAAGAUCAUGUAGGAUCUAAACUAUUUGCAAGCCACUUAAUUGUGUCGGGUCAAUAUAAAAUGAAUCUGCUUCCAUCAAUUGAAUCCUUACUGUAUUUUUUGUUAUCCUCCAUAUUGCAAAACAUCAACGAACCUAAAUUACUUCAAACAUGUAUUAUGAUUGUUUUGAAAUGUUUUGCCUGUUUGUUUGUUUUGACCAUUUUGUUCAAUUAGAAAUUUUCUUUAGUUGCGUUUAAUUGACACAAACUGUGUUUAAAUCAUUGAAAUAAGUUUUCUAAAGAAGACAAUUGUAUUUGCUAAAUUGUACCGUAUUUGUGAAAUGUGAAACUGAAAGUUGUUACAUUAUAAUGUUCUUAGUCAUCUAUUGUGAUGCCUAACGAAUGAUUACCAGCAAAGUUAGUUGCUUAAUUACACUUUAUAACUAGUAUUAUCAGGUGUGUGUGUGGAGGGGGGGGGUCAAUUCAGCACGCAUAAUGCGAAACAAUAAGUAUAAUGCCUAAUGAUCAAGAAUAAUUCAUUAAGAUGGCCACGUCUAAAAUUUGCUCUGGACUCUUAGCAUAGUUUUAUGGAUUUUCGCAAUUAUUCUGUUAAAAAAGGUGAACUAUUUUGGGAAUAUGUGUUUGUGUUUAGUGAGCUAUGGGAAAAUCUGGCAGGAAUAAAGUGUCUAAACGUAAAAAGGGUAGCAGUACGGAUGAAUAGUUUUUAACCCCGAGUAAAGUGUUCAAAAUCGGAAGCCCGGUAGAUAAUAAAGAGGGUCAAAUCUCAGUAAGUGAAAUUUUGAAUCAAACAAACACUGUACUUUUUGAUGAGUCUGCUGUAUUUAACGAAAGCAAUUGUGAAAGCGCUUCAGAUAAAAUCAUUAAUAGCCCAAUUGCUACGAUGGCCAGUAACGCGCCUUUCUAAACAUUUUUAAACGUGCUGGAGAAGUUUCAAGGUCAAAUUAACCAAAUCAACGUAGAAGCCAGACUAGAAACACUAAAUACUAUGGAGAAAAAGGCUGACGAUUUUGUUAGAGAUUUGAAGAAGCUAUAGACCUUGGUGCAUGAUUCAAAUACACGUUUGAUGAGAAAAUCAAUACCAUUGAUGAAAAGGUUGAGCAUCUGGACUUCCGGCAAUCGAAAAUACAGUCAAAUGUAGAAGCUUUAGAAAAACAAAAUUUAAGGAUGAAAAACGAGUUAGUUUAUAUGAAAUCGCAAAGCAUGAGAAACAAUUUGAUCUUUGGUGGAAUUGAAGAGGGUCUGGAGGAGAAACAAGCUGAUAUAGGUUCGUGAAUUCCUAAAAUCUAAACUAAAUCUGGCACAGGAACUGGUUACUGCAAUGAAGAUUGAACGUGCUCAUCGUAUCGGUGCUCAUAUCCAGAAUGGGGGUAAUCCACGUCCUCGCAACAUUGUGUACAAAUUCACCGAAUUCAAGGAUCGCGAAACGGCCCGAAAGCAAUGUCGCCAGCUGAAAGGCACAACUUUCUUCUUAAGUGAGCAGUUCCCUGCUGAAAUCAUGGAAGCACGACGAAGGCUUCUACCUAAACUAAAGGCGGCCAAGCAAGCUGGAAAACGGACCUGGCUAGUGUUUGAUACACUAUACGUUAAUGGGAGUCCGGUAACAUCUGACUAGAAUACAUCGGAGAAUGAACUAAAAAUACUUGUCUGGAAUUGUAAUGGUCUAACGGAAAAUAAACUGUCUGACGAAGAUUUUCUUAAGAUAUUUACAAAACAUAAUGUUGUAAUUCUAUCUGAAUCAUGGACUAAUUCUGGCUCUAGUUUAAAGGUUGAAGAGUUUAAGUGCUAUAAUGUUUUUAGAAAAUAUAAACAUAAAAAGGAAAAAAAAACAUAGUGGCGGCAUAGUUAUUUAUGUAUAAUAUAAAAUAAGUAAAGGAAUAUCAAUUGUUAGGAAUUAUUUUGACACUAUUAUAUGGUUGAAAAUUGAUAAAAAAAUACAUUUUAUUGGAUGAUGAUAUAUAUUUAUGUUGUCAGUAUUUAUAGGCAGAUAAUUCACCAAUUAACUCUGUAUAUGAAGUAGAUUUGUUCAAUAUUGUUAGUGAUGAAAUGUAUCAUUUUGAAAAUUAAGGGAAAGUCAGUUGCUAGUCGGAGACUGGACUUGUAGAGUAGGUGAUAGGACAGAUCAUAUUUUGCACGAUAAAGUAGUAUCCGAUUUAGACUCGGAGGACUAUUUACCUAACAAAACUAGAGUACGGGCCUCUCAAGAUAAAUUAUGUAACACACGAGGGACUCGCAUGCUUGAUUUUUGUAAGGCCACUAAUAUGCGCAUUGUCAAUGGGAGAUUAGGCAAGGAUAAUAACAAAGGGUCAUACACAUAUUUCAGUCGUAAUGCAUGUAGCACUUUUGACUACUUGGUGAUGAGAAAAAUCGAGUUUCCAAUCAUAAGGCAUUUUAAAGUAGGUCCGUUCAAUGCAUUCAGUGAUCAUGCGCCGUUAUUAUUUGAAAUUCUAGUUUAUGGGCGUAAACUAGAUAGAAACCCGCGGCCUAAUAUUGAGACAAGCCAUACAAGUGGUGUGAAAACAAUAAAACCCUAUUUAGAAGAGAUUUGAUAGCGAAUCUAAAUACUAUCAAUAUUAUAUUCAACGAUUUGCACUCUUGACGGCCAUGUGACAUUGAUAAAUUGGUCGAAGAAUUUUCGUCUGUAGUGCUUAAAAGUGCGGACCCAUAUUUUUAGAAAAUGUUAAAAUGCCUGGUUUGACCACGAAUGCUUUACUGUAUUUAGAGGCAUUCAAUAACUUUAAGGUAUAUAAAUCUGAAUUAAAUAGAUCAGUUUUGUGUGAUAAAAAGUGUGCAUUUAAAAUGCUUGUUAAAAAGAAGAAGAGGGCGUGUAGGACGCGUUAUGCUCAAGAUUUGUACGAGUUGCGAAGUAAAAAACCAAAAGAAUUCUGGAACUACUUUAAAUCUAAAAAAAACAACGAUACUGAUUUUAAUAUCGAUGAUACCACAUUUGAAGCACUUAACGCUGGCAUAACUCCUAAGGAAAUUCGUCUUGCUGUGAAAGGUAUUAAACGUAAUAAAUCCUUAUGUCCGAUUGAUAAUUUACUAAAUGAGUUUUUUAACGAUACCAUAGAUAUUUUAGUCGGUCAUUUAACGGACUUAUUUAACAUCAUUCUCGACGGAUGUUAUUUCCCUUUGUCUUGGUCAUACGGUUUCGUCGUACCGAUACAUAAGAAGGGUGACGUUAAUGACCCCAACAAUUAUAGAGGCAUACCUUAGUUAGUAAUCUAGGAAAAAUAUUUACACGUGUACUCACUAAAAGAGUCGAACACUGGUUCGAUGAAAAUAACUUGCUGUCGGAUGCCCAGUUUGGUUUUCGAAAGGCAAAACUUAAUAUUCAUAACUUGCAUCUGCACAGUACGUUUUGUAUGGCUGAAUAUUUUAAUUUAUUAUAUAACAAAACUAAUAGAAAAUACCUCACUCAAUUACGUGUAUCAGCGCAAAGGACUGCCAAGAAAUAAAAGAUUAUGUUUAUUAUGUCAAAUACAGGAAAUUGAGGAUGAAUUUCAUUUUGUUAUAAGAUGUAAUUGUUUCAAUGACCUCCGUUCAUUUUUUAUUUGAAAGUAUUUUUAUGUAAAACCCAGCAUGUUUAAAUUUACUCAACUAGUUAGUAGUAAUAACAAAACAAGUAUUGUAAAUAUAUGUAAUUUUUUGUACAGGCAAAUAAUAGAAGAAACCUAUUAAUCAAUGAUAAUGUUUAACUCGUAACCGUAGAAUCACUGUUGUAACCACUAAUCAUCUGCAUUUCCAUAUCUAUAUGUAUCUAAAUAACUAGAUAAACAGCUUCUUAUAUCUAUUAUUAUUCACAAUAUUGUUAUACAUGAACAUUCUCCAUAUUUCUUGAGCUAUUCUUGGAUUGUUAUUGAUAUUGGCUACCUUGUAACGAUGAUCACACUCAUGAAUAUUUUAUUUAAUUGUAUGUAUUUGUUUGACGAGAUGCUUUGUUGCAUAAGUCGAAACAAAUUUCUGUUCUGUUCUGUUCCUAAUGCCAAUUUAUGUGAAAUAUGUUCUUGUUAGAAAAUCUUGAUUUUACCAUUUUGAAAAAAGACGUGUAUGUUGUGUGUGUAUAAUUUCAAUUAUAAUUUCCAAAUAUUACCUUCAAUUUUUAAUUGUCUUUUCAUAUCUCACGUUUUUUAAUGGUUGGAAUCAUACAUGCAUAAGCUGCAACAAGUAGAACCUAUUUAAAGAUUUUUUGUUCUAUAUUUAUUUAUCAUUGAGGUACACCGGGUAAUUCAGCUGUUUGGUGUUCUUCACCCAAAUUCACGAACAUUAACCUAGCAUUUUUAAAAGUUCUCCAAAAUCCUUUUGACAUGAUAUUGCAACACCUGUUCCCCAACAUCUUCUACGAGUUUCAAGUUGCCUUAAAGAUUUAAUAUAUAGUUAGUUUGUGGCUACUGGAUUUAGCCCCAUUGUUCAUAAUUUGCAUUUGUAUCACACAGUAGUGCUUAUCAUUCUGUCGCU